GUCGCUCAUUUUACUUAUUUAAAAUUAAUAAAAAAAAUUACAUGCAAAUAAUGCCAUGAUAUAACUAAAAUGCAUAAUUUGCAUACAAAAUGUUUUUAGUUCAUCUUUUUUUAUAUUUAUUUGUAUUUAAUAAUAUUGUCGAAUGCAAAUUUCAAACAAAGUGUAACGAAGAUUGUAUAUUUAAGAAAACUCAAAACCGCACAAGUAAAUUUCUGUUCGAUGCAAUAUUUCGAAUAGGAUCAGGAAUUUCCAAUGUUUUUGGAGACAAUAUAAAUGAAGAUACCGAUUAUGAAGACAUAAAUAUAGAAACAUGCGACUGUGAUUGUGGUUUUUCAAAUGAAGAAAUAAGAAUUGUUGGUGGGAGACCUACAGGUGUUAAUCAGUUUCCAUGGAUGGCUCGCAUUGUUUAUGAUGGAAAGUUUCAUUGCGGUGGAUCGCUACUUACAAAAGAUUAUGUUUUGACAGCUGCACAUUGUGUAAAGAAACUUCGAAGGUCUAAAAUAAGAAUCAUAUUUGGAGACCACGAUCAACAAAUUACCUCUGAAUCUAAAGCUAUCCAAAGAGCGGUCACAAGUAUUACAAAACAUAGAAAUUUCGAUCCAGAUACAUAUAAUAAUGAUAUAGCGUUAUUAAAAUUAAGAAAACCUAUCAUAUUUUCAAAAAUUAUUAAACCAGUUUGUCUUCCUCGCUACAAUUAUGAUCCUGCAGGUCGCAUUGGAACUGCUGUUGGUUGGGGACGGACUGCAGAGGGAGGUGAACUUCCAUCCAUUGUAAACCAAGUUAAAGUACCUAUUAUGUCUAUUAUAGAAUGCAGAAACCAAAAAUACAAAAGUUCUAGAAUUACUUCUACUAUGCUUUGCGCAGGACGACCAAAUAUGGAUUCAUGUCAGGGAGACAGUGGUGGUCCAUUAUUGCUUUCUAAUGGAAUUAAAUACUUCAUAGUUGGUAUUGUUUCAUGGGGAGUAGGCUGUGGUAGAGAAGGCUAUCCAGGAGUUUAUACAAGAGUCAGUAAAUUUAUUCCUUGGAUAAAGUCUAAUUUAGAAAACACAUGCUUAUGCUCCUGAGCUUUACAACUCUUUAAGAGUAAUUUUUAAUAACUUUUUUGGAUCCAAUUUAUUAUUUUAUUGUUUCUAUUUUACUUAAUAAAUAAUUAAUUUUGAAUAA